AGAAAGGAAAUGCAAGGAGAAAAUUUCACCAUUUGGAGCUUUUUUUUCCUGGAAGGAUUUUCCCAAUACCCAAGGUUAGAGAUUGUUCUCUUCAUCUUCAGCCUUGUAAUGUAUCUGAUUACCCUCCUGGGUAAUAGCAUUCUUAUUUUAAUCACUAUCCUGGAUUCACAGCUUCAAACCCCUAUGUACUUGUUCCUUGGAAAUCUCUCUUUCAUGGAUAUUUGUUACACAUCUGCAUCUAUUCCUACAUUGCUGGUGAACUUGCUGUCAUCCCGAAAAACCAUUAUCUUUUCAGGGUGUGCUGUACAAAUGUAUCUGUCCCUUGCUAUGGGCUCCACAGAGUGUGUGCUUCUGGCUGUGAUGGCGUAUGACCGUUAUGUGGCCAUUUGCAACCCGCUGAGAUACCCCAUCAUCAUGAACAGGCAGGUCUGUGUGCAGUUGGCCACCAUUUCCUGGGUAACGGGCUGUCUGACUGCCCUGCUGGAAACCACUUUUGCCCUGCAGACACCCCUCUGUGGGAAUCUCAUUGACCACUUCACUUGUGAAAUCCUGGCAGUGCUCAAGUUAGCUUGCACAAGUUCACUGCUCAUGGACAUGAUCAUGCUGGUGGUCAGCAUUCUCCUCCUGCCCAUUCCAAUGCUCUUAAUUUGCAUCUCGUAUGUCUUCAUCCUCUCUACUAUUCUGAGAAUCAGCUCAGCAGAGGGGAGACACAAAACGUUUUCUACUUGUGGUGCACAUUUGACUGUGGUGAUCUUAUAUUAUGGGGCUGCCCUAUCCAUGUACCUAAGACCUUCUUCAUCAAACUCACAAGAAAUAGACAAAAUCAUCUCAUUGCUUUAUGGAGUGCUUACUCCUAUGUUAAACCCCAUAAUUUAUAGCUUAAGAAACAAGGAAGUAAAAGAUGCUAUGAAAAAAUUGCUGGGCAAGAUAUUAUCACAUCAAACAUGAACUU